AUGGCCGAAAAUUGCGAAUUAUUUAAAAGGUGGACUUCUGGUCAACCAUGGUUUGUUUUAAUUAAAGUUUGGGUCUACAACAGUUUUGCGUCCUGUUUGGAUCCAGAAUUAUUAUUGACAUUAAAUUCCGGCAAUAGUUCUGCCACGGUGUUUGAUGGUUGUGAGAUAAACCCACCUAAUAUUUCUCGUAUUUUACAAGAGGUUAGAAUGAUGGAGUUAGCAGACUUGAAGAUCAAUAUAUUAUACCAAAGAAGAGAACUUAACAUACUUCGAGAGGACUUACAACUGUUGAAAAAUGAACUUCUUGCUCAAGAGAAAGUUGAAAAUAAUAAAAGAAAAAUUGUAAAAAUUUCAGAUUAUUCUUUAGAAGACAUAUUUAUGGAUGACGACAGUUUUUGUUCUACAGCUACUGGAUAUUUUUCGACAGUAUCUGCUAAUGAAAAAAAUAAUAUUAAUAGUAAUAAAAUUAAUAAUGGUGUCUCAGGGAAUAAAUUAAUUGAUAAUAUUGGGCUUAACCUUAAAAUAAUUCAAAAAUAA